UGGCAGGCAGGGCUCAGCCUAGAAGUUGGGGAGCUGCUUCAAGGGCCAGGGUGGAGCAGGGUCUGAGAGGAACCCAGAAGCUCAGGCUGCCCUUCGGCUGCUCCUGCCUCUUCCGAUCGCUCUUGCCCACACGACCCUGCCCCUCCGCACUUCUGUUCUCUCCCUCCUGACCGUCCUGGGCCUGGAUUGCAGCUUUGUAAGGCUUCUGAGCAGAGGGCAACUCACAGAGCUGAGUCUCUCCUUCCACAACUGAACUCACGUCGUCAGGCUUGGUGGCUGCUGUGUUUUCUUGCUCUGGACUCCAGUCCACAAGAUGGUGAUGCCUGCUUCCAGGGUGAGUCUCCCCCCUGCCUCCCAGGUUGCUCCAUUGCAUACUAACAUGGAAGAGACAGUUGGGUCGUCCGAGGAUAAACAAUUUGCAUACUUCUCCAAUGCUGUCUUCAUCCCCAAAGGCAGCAGUGUUUUAUCUGUAGAAGUCGUUAAGAGUCUUGAGACUGCUGUGGCAAGUGGGAAUAUGGUGGAAGUGGUCUCUAUAGUUAAAGAGAUAGUACAGAAAGUUCCCAGAACCACAAUGAAGAUCGCUGUGACCGGGGACUCUGGCAAUGGCAUGUCAUCCUUCAUCAAUGCCCUUAGGGUCAUUGGGCAUGAAGAGGAGGAUUCAGCUCCCACUGGGGUGGUGAGGACCACCCAGAAACCAGCCUGUUACUCCUCCUCCCACUUUCCUGAUGUGGAGCUGUGGGACCUGCCUGGCUUAGGGGCCACAGCCCAGAGCGUGGAGAGCUACCUGGAUGAGAUGCAGAUCAGCACAUAUGAACUUAUCAUCAUCAUCGCUUCUGAGCAGUUCAGCGCCAAUCAUGUGAAGCUGGCCAAAGCCAUGCAGAGGAUGAGAAAGAGGUUCUAUGUCGUCUGGACCAAGCUGGACAGGGACCUCAGCACAAGUACCAUCCCUGAACCCCAGCUGCUGCAGAAUAUCCAAAGGAAUAUCCAGGAGAAUCUCCGGAAGGAGGAAGUAAAGGAACCCCACCUGUUCCUGGUAUCCAUCCUUAAGCCUGAAUCAUACGACUUCCCAAAGCUUAGGGAGACAUUGCAAAAAGACCUCUCUGAUAUCAAGUACCAUGGUCUCUUAGAAACCCUUUACCAAAUCUGUGAGAGGACUAUUAAUGAGAGAGUAGAAUCCAUUAAAAAGAGCAUAGAUACAGACCGCCUACAAAGUGAUUUAGAAAUCUUGGACCCAAAUAACUCGAUAGAGUGUUGGAAAGUCUUCCAAAAAAUCUUUGGUGUGCAUGAUGAAUCUCUCCACCAGGUGGCUCUGAAAAUAGGGAAGCCGGAUACAUACUUCACGACUAGCACGGAGUCCCAGGACAUGCAGAGGUACCAACAAGAUGGUUGGACAUGGGGUGGGUUGUUUCACUUUGGAAGAGGGCUUGUCUCUACAGGUUUUAACCACAUGCAGUGCUGUAUUUACCCUCCUCACCGUAGAUAUAUGCAACAGAAAGUUGUACUUGAUGAGACUGCUGGCAAAGCCAAGAACGUUCUGUUGGAAAUCCUGAAAGACUCCAUUUUUCAUUGGAAGGUCUAGACAACUGAGGUCUUCUCUUCAGCCCCAUGACCUAUGUAUACCUCCAGUUGAGCUAACCCCGCCAUGGGGGUCCAAGUUCCUUGAGGUUAAUAGGCUGCCUUUCUUAAUGGGUAUCCCUCUCAGGAGGUACCAUAAUGGAUUUUGCUCUGUACCACUCGUUUGUUUUUACUAACUGAAGUAUCUGGGAUCCCAAUAUAGGAGAAAUGUCCCCUUUUUAAUUGCUUGGAAUUUCACGGUUAACACAUGCUCACCUUAGAGCCUAUUAUUAAUGUAGUUCCUCUUAGAGGUCUCUUGGUUUGCUCAUAUCUCUUUUCUCUCUUUUCUUUCCUGACUCUGGAGAUGGAGUAUCCCUUAAUGAUUGGGGAAGAGCUUGUCUUUGGCUUUUGUCUGAAAAGCAUGGCCAGCAGAGACCCUUCCUCCCAUCUGUAAAGAGGAUAAGGGAAUUAACUCUCAUACUACUAGUAAUGGGAUUCACAUACUGCUGAACAGAAGGAUGCUCAGUACCCUACAUUACCCUCGAUGGUGGCAAUGGUAUCAUGACUAGUCAUGGCCCCUCACACUCUGGGCUCCCAGUCAUCUUCAGCCACCCCUAACUCUGCAGGCUGCACCCCCAUUCAGACACACAACUGACCUUUCUCCCUUCCCUACAGAAUUCUCCCGUUUCAAUCUGUUUGUGUGGCUUUGUGUUUGUUUAAGACAGGUGCCCCUCUAUGUCCCUUUCUCUCAGCCCUGUUCUAGAUAGACAUCAGUCCUGUCAGCCCAACUUCUCUGUCUCAAACCUCUGUCCUUUCACCCUUCUCCCCUUUCACCUCCUUGUCAGAACACUAAAUACUUUCCCACUUCCAACGUCACACAGGAGCGUUUAGUUUGGGCGCAUAGUUUGCCAUUGCAGCCCAUUACAGCUGAAAGUCAUCACAAUGGGAGCAUGGAGCAGCUGGUCCCGUGUGUCCACAGUCAUGAAGCAGAGGAAUAGGGCUCUUUGGUACAGGUUCUCCUUUUCGUUCAGUCCAAGAUCCCAGACUAUAGAAUGAUACCAUCCACAUUCAGAGAGGCUCUUCCAACCUUCAUGAACCAAGUCUAGAAUCUCCCUCAUAUUAGGCCCACAGGUCUCUUUCCAUAGUGAUUCUAUAUCCUGCCAAACUGACAACCAGUAUUAACCACACAGGCAGUCAGGGUAUAUAGGAGUUUUAUAUAUAUAUUUUAUAAAAUAUAUAAAAAAAUAUAUAUUUUAUAGUUGGAAGAAGGUUGGGUGUGGCUUAGUAGUACAGUGUUUUCCUAGCACAUGGAAGGCUAUCUUUUGAUACCCAGAAAGAAAUAAAAUCUAUUUUGAGACAGAAAGAAAAUGACAAUUUUAUUUGUAGAGGAGAAAAAAAAUGCACCAACUAUAUCAUCUUGCUAGCACAGACACUUUACAAAAAAGUGUCACUUAAAUGUAAGAGAUGGGCUUACUUUAUAUACUGUGGGUAAGGACAGAAUGGACUAAGACGUCUCACAGUGUUGGGACUGGGGGUGAGCCAGGUUCUGUAAGACUCACCUUCCACCUGCUCGUUCUUGUGUUAACGUGGUCCCAUGGACUCAAGGGAAGGUCUGCAGAGAAGUCACAGAGGUUUUGUCUGUCAUCCUUAUGAUGCACAUAUGUACUCGGAAAUGAUGCUUGAGGUCACGUUUAUGGUAUAGAUGCUGCUCCAGUAUGUUGCCUGUGAGAAGGUGAGCUUGCUCUUACAAAGCUCUUCUAAGGUUGCAUGUGUUGGUCACAGGGAAUCUCACCUGACCCCAGCACUGAGGAAACUGACAAUGAUCUGGCUGGAGAGGCUGGGUGUGAAUUCUCUGUGUCGUAGAUCAUAGACAUAGAUAUUCUCUUUGCUGGUUGUAUGUACAUACCUAUCUAUAUACAGAAACAGAAAUAUAUGUACACGAUAUUAUAUAUUCAUCAUACACAUAUGUAUUGUAUGUAACAUACAUGUAGUGUUGAUCUUUAUGAGGGAAUAAAAAUCACAGUAUAUUAUAUAAA